AUGGAGGUUUAUAGCUGGGAAUAUCAACCAGAAUUGGUGGAGUUUCCAGCAAACCACGUUUUGAUAUGGAGGGUAAACAAUGCGGUUAGCCGGUUAGCCCGGCUUCAAUUUUCCCUUAAUCCCAUGGUGCCUGGCAGGAGGAUCUUCAACCUUCCAGUCGCGAGAUUUGCCUGGCCUCUCCAAGGGGCACUGAGGCCGAUGACCAGCGUGUCUCUGCAGCAUCUCAGCAUGAGAUGUUGCUGCGUCAAAGACACGCUGGUCAUCGACCUGAAGCAGGAGAAUGGCAGCGUCUCUGCAGUGGAUUCAGCGUUGACGAAGGCCGUGCUGAUUCUUUGA